CUCUCUCUGUCCAUUCUUUUAUCCGUCGCUGGUCCUCCCUCCCUCCAUCGCGAGUUCUUUCGUCCUGUCUGCUGUGUGUCGCCUCUGGAUCUAACUACACUGGAUUACUCUUCCGGCUUUUCAUCUGGCUGUUUUUUUUUCUUUUUCUUUUUUCUUUUUUUCUUUCCGGGGGGAGAAGCAAAGUUAGACUGCACAUGAGGGAUUUCAUGGUGUGACCAUCUACUGAUCUCUCAGCUGACUCCUUCUCCUGGCUUCUCCGAAUGUGAUUCAUCCACUUCCACAAUUUGUCAAUUUGUAAGCAAAUUGUAUUUUUUUAUAUAUAUGGAUGAUAUUAUCAUUUCCAGUAUCUUUUCCUGAGCACAUUUUCUGGUGUUUUCAUUUCUGUGUGUCGGAAGAACUUUUCGUGCUUGAGGAGAGUGGCGUGGUCUAGCCUGGAUUGUUUACUUGACAGAGAACGAGCCCUCCAGUACGCUCCGAGCUCGAGAGAGCGACGAGCUAAAGUUUACCUUUACCUUCCACCCGCGGUUGGGAACCUUCACGAGCACGAUGACAUGGGAGGUGAGGCGGCUACGAGGACCAUGUCGCAAUCGUUGCUUUUCUGUCCCGACGGACUGCCCUUUUAUAAAAAUGUGACCAAACUCUCAUCUGCCUUUUCCUUAUGGACCUCUCUAAAUAUUGACUUAUAUGGUGUAUUUUUGUUACUGUUUUCGUUGUCCUUACUUGCUUAUUUUCUGGGCUGGGUUUACACCGAGAGUGAAGGGCAAAGCCUUUGAUAACUGAGUCUGGUCGGAGAUUGGUGGUUCUACCUCGUCCCGCUUCGGGGGAAACCCUACUUGUUCGAGUGACUGCCUUUGAACCUUUCACUACCCUCAUCAAGGGGGGUCUGUCUUCUUCUGAGACUACUGAGUGACAAUCUAGCCAGCCGGGAGGUGCGAGGCCAGAAACAGACCCCCCCUCCCAAAGGUGAGAGGGGGGUAAGAUGGCAGCUCUUGCCAGCUCUCUCAUUCGACAGAAACGGGCCGUCAAGGACGACCACGCCAACCGACCGGUAGCCAACAAGCGCAAAGUCUGCCAAAAGAGCAACAAGUCCCUUUGCCAGAAACAGAUCCUCGUUCUCAUCAAUAAAGUUCGAUUAUGUGGCGGUCGAAGAAGACGGCCGGAAUUAAGACCGGAGCCGCAGCUCAAAGGCAUAGUUACCCGUCUGUACAGUCAGCACGGCUACUACCUCCAGAUGCAGCCAGACGGCACCAUGGACGGCACAAGGGACGAGAGCAGCUCCUUCUCACAGUUCAACUUGAUUCCUGUGGGCCUGCGGAUAGUGGCGAUCCAGGGGGCAAAGACUGGGCUCUACCUGGGCAUGAACAGCGAGGGGUAUCUCUACACGUCGGAACACUUCAACCCCGAGUGCCGCUUCAAAGAGAGCGUGUUCGAGAACUACUACGUCACCUACUCCUCUAUGCUGUAUCGCCAGAGCCAGUCCGGCCGCUCGUGGUACAUCGGCAUCAACCGCGACGGCCAGGUUAUGAAGGGCAACCGCGUGAAGAAGACCAAGGGCGCCGCCCACUUUCUGCCCAAAGUCAUUGAAGUCGCCAUGUACAAGGAGCCUUCGCUCCACGCGCUGGUCGGCGAGCAGAGCCCUCCAUGCAAGACGGUCAAGACGUCCGACUCGCCGUCGCAACAGAACGGCAGGAAAGAGGCCCCCAAAGCAGACGCCUCAUAG